AUGGAAAGCAAUGACAGCCACGCCAAGGACAAGAGGCCCGACAACGACGCCAGAUCCAAGGACGACACCCCUACGACCUCAACCACCACCACACCACCCGAAAAUGCCAAUAAGAGCCCCAAGAAGAGGCGCAAGGUAAACCAUGGCCCCCACGACGCGGCUGGACACGACGAAUCAGAUAUCCAGCCGGAAAUAUCACAAAAUUCAAUAGAACAGAGCGCUGCUGCAAUGGCACCGCCUUCGUUUGACGGAGCUGGAGCUGCUCAGAGGACCAAGCAAGGUUUUGGUGCAGGUGCACUAGGCCAAACAAAUCCCCUACAGCUCGUGUCACCUAAUCCGGUCUCGAAUAUGCAGGCCAAUGGCUCUGGCAGCAACAUGAACCAAUUCGGCGGGUUCUCUGAUGCCUGGCUAACCGCCCAAAAUCAAUUCCACGAUAUGCACCACUACCAUCCCCAAUAUAUGCUUGCCCCAGAAGUCACCCACGAAUUUAAUUUGCUCAAUGAUUUCUUGAAUACCAGUCUUCUCGAUGACGCCGGACAUCUGUCGGAGGACCAAAAUCCGUAUCUCAGGAAUAAUCAGUCGCAACCUAACGAAUCCGACAUGGCGAGCUACGUGGGCGGUAGCAAUAAUCUCAUAGCUACGGGCGCAAUGCAGGCAGGCUCGAUGCCUCCGCCGAGCACGGAGCAGGCGAGCUCCAGCAUCGUCCCGGUGGAUAAGACCCGUGAAUUCUACCUCCAAGCGGCAGAUCCUUCAGGCAACGAUACGCCCGAAGCGCGCAUGCAACGUGUGAUGAAAGCCAAGUACGACGCUGGUUUGUUGAAACCUUUCAACUACAUUAAAGGAUAUGCUCGACUAUCGUCGUAUAUGGAUGGCCAUAUCGCUCCUGCUUCGAAACAGAAGAUCCUACGACAGCUAGAUCGCUUCCGACCCAAAUUCCGCGAGAAGGUCCAAGGCCUUACGGAUAUCGAAUUGGUCUAUGUAGAGAUGUGGUUCGAGAAGACCCUAUUAGAAUACGACCGGGUCUUUGCGGCUAUGGCUGUUCCGGCUUGUUGCUGGAGAAGAACCGGGGAGAUUUUCAGGGGUAACAAGGAGAUGGCCGAACUCAUUCACGUUCCCGUGGAAAGACUGCGAGACGGGAAAAUCUCACUUCACGAGAUACUGACAGAAGAUUCGCUCGUCCGGUAUUGGGAGGAAUUUGGCACCAUUGCAUUCGAUGCGGCACACGACACGCUCCUCACAGCGUGUGCUUUAAAGAACCCGGAUGAUCGAUCGAACGACCCAAUCGUGAACUGUUGCUUUUCGUUUAUGAUACGCAGAGAUGACCACAAGAUACCCAGCCUCAUCGUUGGCAAUUUCCUUCCGCAUGACCCCUCGCAUUCUUCUUAA